CAGUCGGACGUGUUUCAGCGUUGCACCCGCGUUUUGCCCAGAGCACAGCAGAUGAUUGAAUUACACUAUGACACUCUCGUUUUUAUAAUAUGAAAGAUUAGAGAACUGCACUUCGUUCGGUUAUUUAUAGCGGCUUCUUGCAAAUACUUCACCUGAAUACUGAGAUGUUUGCAAAAGCGUUUCGUGUGAAAUCUAACACCGUUAUCAAGGGAUCUGACAGGAGGAGACUGAGAUCAGAUGUCUCUGCUGCCUUCCCUUCUCUGUCAGCUGAGGAUCUAAAUGAGCUGAUCCCAAAUAAAGAAGAGCUGAAUAUUGUGAAGAUUUACGCACAUAAGGGAGAUGGAGUCAUUCUGUAUGUCCUCCAUAAAAAUCCCAUAUUCUUUCACCUGGAGAAACGGCUGUUUCCAUCAGUGUACACACUGUGGCGGUAUCCCACCAUGCUUCCAGCAUUUGCCACGUGGCCGCCUGUCCUGCAGAAGUUAACUGGUGGAGCAGAUCUCAUGUUGCCGGGUGUAGUGGUAGCUGCUGAUGGCCUUCCUGAAGUAGAGCAAGGAGACUGCUGUGCCGUCACUCUUGUGAUGAACAGGGCACCAGUGGCUGUUGGCACAGCAGCUGUGUCGAGUGCUGAGAUGAGGAACAGUGGAAUGAAGGGGAGAGGAGUGAAUAUUUUACACACAUACAUGGAUCAGCUGUGGGCAUUUGGUGACAAGUCACAUCCUCCGGUUAUGCCAGUCACAAACUCUCCAGCACAGGUGGAGGGAGAGGAAUGCGAGGAGGAAGAGCAGGAGGUGAAGGACAGCUCUGAUCCAGCUCCAGUGGAAACAUCUUGUCAGAACAUGCAGGAGCUGAGGCUGGAUGAACAUGAGGUGUUGAAGGAGGAAGAAGUGGUUGAAGACACUAACAAAGAAGAGGACUCUAGAUCUCCACAGGAGCAGAUGGAUGAGUUACUGCUGCAGUGUUUCCUCCAUGCACUUAAGACUAAAGUCAAAAAGUCACAGCUGCCACUACUGACAAGCAACUUCCUGCGCAACCACAUGGUGUCCUGCUGGUUGUGUUCUUUCAGCAUACCAGAGGACUUUGAGCCAGAGAAAAAAUCUGAAGAGGGGAGUGGAGCUUCUGAGGUCCUAUACCAGCACCCUGAAAUCACACCACUAUAUGGGGUCACUGCACGCCUGGAGCCUCUCUUUCAGGACGCCCAGAAAAAAAAGGGAACGCCUCUAAAGGCCACUGAGGUGAGGAAUAUAAUCACAGAAUAUGUGAAGACAAAUGAUCUCGUCCAUGAAACCAACAAAAAUUAUGUUAACAUUGACCCAACACUUUGUGACUGUUUGCUGGAGAAGUCUGAAUAUCAGGAAGUGGAGAGGCUGAAAUGGGAUGAACUCUUUAGCAGGACUCUCAUCAGAAUGCAAGCGUGCCAUGAGGUGCUGUUACCAGGUCAGCCUCCCUUGGUUAAGAAAGGACAGAUGGAGCCCAUAGACAUUACUGUCGCCUCCAGGGGCUCCAAUAAAAAGGUUACAAUAAUUAAG